CGCUCUGGUUUCUUGGGGUCAGAGUGUCAGCAUCAGGUGUGACGUUAUGGAUGGAUUGAGUGGAUCGUUUAUUUUCACAAACCUUCCCGGUUCUGUCAUUCAGACUGUAAACUCAAACAGCAACUUGGCUACUUUCCAUAUCGUGCAAGUCCGUUUGGGAAAUGAGGGAUUAUACCAGUGUCGGUUUCAAAGAACGGUUUCUGGUGAAGUGUUUCACACCAGCUAUAGUGAGCCUGUCUGGCUAACUGGUAAUUAUUUUUUAUUAGCUUUGACCAUUUGAUUAAACAUACAAAAGACGUGAUGUUUUUGUUGCUUUUUAGUGAACCUUUCACAGCCGACCAUCACCUUGGAUUCUGCCGGUGGGGUGAUGUGGGGUCAGGAUGCCACCCUCACCUGUUCAGUCAUCGAGGGUCGGGCAGGAGGAUUAUUUGUCUUUAGGAGAACACCUGGUAAUUUCAUCCAAACUGUAAGCUCGAGCAGCAACACAGCUACCUUCCAUAUCACUCAAGCUAACCUGGGAGAUGAGGGAUUAUACCAGUGUCAGUUUCAACGGAGAGUUUCUGAUCAAGACUUCAACACCAGCUUCAGUGACCCUGUCCAACUAACUGUAUUUCUUCCAAAGCCCAGCAUCACUUUGGAUCCUGCUGGUGUGGUUUCUAUUGGUCAGACUGUCAACAUCGUUUGCUCAGUCUCUGAGGGUCAAGUAGGAGGAUCAUUUAUCUUCAAGAAGACAGCAGGACCAAUCACUCAUGUUGUAAAUUCAAGCAGCAGCUCGGCUUCAUUCCACAUCAGUGAAGUCAACUUGGUGGAUCAUGGACCGUAUCAGUGUCAGUUUCAAAGAAGGUCUUUUAAUCAAGACUUGAGCACCAACUUGAGUGAUUCUGUCCAGCUAACUGUGAGCCUACCAAAGCCUACCAUCACCAUCCAGCCCGCUGGUGUGAUUAUGUGGGGGCAGGAUGUCCACAUUACUUGUUCGAUUACUGGGGGUGAAGUAGAAGGAUCAUUCAUCUUCACAAAGACCCCAGGUCCUUUCACCCAGACUGUGGAUUCAAGCAGCAACUCUGCUACUCUAUAUAUCCCUAAAGUUACCUUUACGGAUGAGGGAGACUACCAGUAUUAA